AUGAAUACUGCGCGAUAUCUACACACAGCAUCCGUCUUAACGAAUGGAAACGUGUUAGUUACUGGUGGACAGAAUGAUAGUUCUACUCUAAAUAGUGCUGAGUUGUAUGAUUCAUCAACAGGAACUUGGACAAUGACUGAUAAUAUGAAUAAUGCACGACGAUGGCACACUGCAUCCGUAUUAGAAAAUGGAAAAGUUUUAGUAACUGGUGGAUAUGAUGGUAGUUCUCGUCUAGAUAGUGUUGAAUUGUAUGAUCCAUCAACAGAAACUUGGAUGACAACAGCUCGUAUGAAUAAUGCACGUGAAGCACAUACAGCAUCCGUAUUAACAAAUGGUAAAGUGUUAGUAACUGGUGGAUAUGAUGGUAGUUCUUAUCUGAAUAGUGCUGAAUUGUAUGAUCUAUCAACAGAAACUUGGAUAACGACUGGUAGUAUGGAUUAUGCACGAUAUGAGCAUACAGCAUCCGUACUACCAAAUGGAAAAGUGUUAGUUACCGGUGGAUAUGAUGGUAAUUCUCGUCUAAAUAGUGCUGAAUUGUAUGAUCCAUCAACAGGAAAUUGGACAACAACUGCUAGUAUGAAUGAUGCACGAAAUUCACAUACAGCAUCUAUGUUAACAAAUGGAAAAGUUUUAGUUACCGGUGGAGCUGGUAUCUCUUUUCUAAAUAGUACUGAGUUGUAUGAUUCUUCAACUGAAACUUGGACAACAAGUGGUAGUAUGAAUAAAAGACGAUUUUUACACACAGCAUCUGUAUUAAUCAAUGAGAAAGUUUUAGUUACUGGUGGACAAAGUCCUGAUGAUUAUCUAGAUAGUACUGAGUUGUAUGAUAUAUCAACAGGAAGUUGGACAAUGGCUCCUAGUAUGAAUUAUGCACGAUAUGUACACAAAGCAUCCGUAUUAACAAAUGGAAACGUUUUAGUUUCAGGUGGAUUUGCGGGUAUGGCUGUGAAUAGUUCUGAAUUGUAUUAA